AUGAAGGAAAGUUCAUUAAUAGAUCCAACAAGUUAUGAGGGUGCUGAAAUGAAAAAGGUGGGCUUUGUUCUUUGUAAGAUUUAUGAGAACAAGAAAGCUUCCGACGAAAAUCAAGAGGAGGAAGAACAAAUGACAGAAAUGUCCGUUGGAGAUGGUCCUAAUAACUCUGAUUCGGAUGCGGUUACGGAGAAUUUCGAAGAAUCCACGUCCCUAACUUACGAUGAAAAUCAAAUGACAGAAAUGCCCCCAGGAGAUGGUCCUAAUAACCCCGAUCCUCCAUCCUUUGGGUGCCAUGCGAGCAUGGGAGACCUGUUACCACCUUCCGAGGAAAACCAAAUUACAGAAAUGCCCUUGAGAGUUGGUCCUAAUAACCCCGAUUUCUUAUCCUCUGAGUUCAUUGCGAAUAUGGCAUGUUGGUUUCAAGAUUUGGAGGAAAAUCAAAUAACAGAAAUGCCCCUGGGAGAUAAUCCUAAUAACCCCAAUUUCCCACACUUUGGGUAUACAAGUAUGGAAAUACCAGAGGAAAACCAAAUGACAGAAAUACCCUUGGGACACGGUCCUGAUAACCAAAUGACAGAAAUGUCCAUUGGAGAUGGUCCUAAUAACUCUGAUUCGGAUGCGGUUACGGAGAAUUUCAGAGAAUCCACGUCCCUACCUUUUGAUGAAAAUCAACCUGUUACCAGCUUCCGAGGAAAACCAAAUUACAGAAAUGCCCUUGAGAGUUGGUCCUAA